AUGCUCUUGAACUUUGUGUUUGCUUUUAAUGUAAACCUAUUAGAUCUGGUUACCUCACUGUCUGCAAGUGGCCAAAAAUCUAGUUGUAAUGGUCAGAAACAGGAUAAUGUGCAUGGAAAUAGCAAUCUCCCUGGAGCUCUUCUAGUUAUGUCACAAAUAUGGCAGAAUGAACUGGAUAAACAUGAAGUUUUGGUGGUUGUGGCUCAGAUCUUUCGUGACUUGAUAUUGCACAAAUGGUUGCCACUUUCAUCAGUCAACCUCCUGAUCAUGGAUGAAUGCCAUCACACAACUGGCAAUCACCCAAUGCGAGACAUCAUGAGGGAAUACGAGAAUUUGAAGAAGCACUCCCCAUGCAAUCUUCCCAGAGUAUUGGGUCUGACAGCUUGUGUGGUUCACCGCAAGUGUAAGAAGGAAGCUGUCUUUAAGGAUAUGAAGACUCUUGAAGAAGCAAUGGAUUGUGCUCUGGUAACCUCAGUUGAUCCAGACACAGUCCAAAAAUUUACCACAGGGCCUAAGGAAAAAGUUGUUUGUUUCUCUCGUGAGGGCAUUCCAACCUACUACCAAAAUUAUGAAAGUGCUCGACUUGCAGAUCUUGCAUGUAAUAUCAUAGAAGAGUUUUCUCUAGAUGGCAAAAUAAAAGAAAUCAUAAAAAAUAUUAAAAGAAAAAUAGAGGGCAUUAAAAGUGUAAUGUCUGAUCUAGGUGACUGGUGUGGUGCACAGGCUAUAAUGUAUGAGAUUGAAACUCUCUCAGAAACAGAAGGAAUGGAGGAAAAUCCAAAGGCAAGGGAGAUAUGGAAGUUACUGAGAGAAAGGCUGAGUGAAGUGUAUGCUGCCUGUAAACUAAAAGAAAAAAUUAUGGCCAAUCCUAUGGACAACAUCACAUUCAAAGUGAAAAGGCUCCUAGAAGUAUUAACUAAUUGCAAAGGAGAAGUUUUUGGCUUGUUUUUUGUGGAGAAGAGAAAUACUGCCAAAAUUCUGUACAUGCUGCUUUUAGAGAUUGCAAAACAGAAUCCAGAAUUCAGCUUUGUCAAACCUUCCUAUGUUGUAGGAUGCAAUUCACAUCCAGGUGUCGAUAUACGUCUUGCAGAAUUAGAGCUCCGAAAGCAAAAGGAAACUCUUGAGAAGUUUAGAAAGGGAGAAACUAAUUUUUUGAUAUCAACAAGUGUGCUGGAAGAAGGAGUUGAUAUUAGGAAGUGCAAUGUGGUAGUUCGCUUUGAUAUCCCACAGAAUUAUCGAGCUUAUAUACAGUCAAGGGGUAGAGCUCGUGCCCAACCGUCAGCUUAUGUGCUAAUGGUAGAGGAGACAACGGCGAGAAAAUUUCUAGGAUGCAUUGAAGUUUACAAGGAAAUCGAGGCCUUACUCCAGUCCUGGUGUCAUGGUCGUAAUUUGCCAGCAGCACAGGUAACAAGGAACCAUUUUGCGAAAGAUGAAUACAUUCUGCCUUAUGAACCCUAUGGGCCUGAAGGACCAAAGAUUACAAGCAACUCUGCCAUACAGCUUGUGAAUUUGUAUUGUGGGAAAUUACCUUCUGAAAGAUUUACAGAUAAUUUACCAGAGAUAGUAGAACAGGUCAAAGAUGAAGUUAUCACUAUUGGGAUCAGACUUCCAAUCAUGGCACCUCUGAAAGAAACAAUAUAUGGUAGUGGAUGGAAAAAUAAAGACUUAGCAAAGAAGUCUGCUGCACUGCAACUCUGUAUCAAAUUACAUGAGAUGGGAGAGCUAAAUUCCAAUCUUCGGCCAAAGGAGAGUACUGAUGAUAGCUUAGUAGAAGGUUUGGUAGACCUUCCACCUGAAGAACCAGUUCCAGAUGGAACAUCAGAGUCUGGUACCAGGAAGCGAAAAAGAGUGUAUGUCAAGGAUAUUUGUUGUCAAUUUUCGUAUGUUCAUGGAAAGUCAUACUGUCUGUAUUCCAUAGACACAAAACCCUUUGGUCAGAGAAAGGCUAGUGUAACCAUUGAGUCUUCUUCAUCUAAUACAAAGAUUGGUUUUAUCUGUAGGGAAGGAUUGGCAUCUAGCCCCUUUCCACUUUUUUUCUCAAAAUGGGGAGAUGUGAUUGUAAAUGUAAAGGAGGUUGGACCACUGUCAGACUUUGGUACAGUUUUAUUUGACAAGAUUAAGAAGUUCCAUAGACUGGUUUUUGAAAACCUACAGUUAGAGUCAAAUUUGACAUAUUUUGAUCCUGAAGAAUUCAAAUGUGGCUUGUUUAUUGUACCUCUUGAUUUUUCUGAAAGCAUUGACUUGAAUGUACUGAAUCAGGUCUAUUCUUGUGACUCACUUAGACCUAUGAAGCUAAAGUCACCAAGUCAGAAUACUAAGUUUAUAAGAUCAGACUUUGAAGAUGCCUUGAUUUACCCAUUGUAUGGCACAUCUGACCAACUGUAUUAUAUCUCACAGAUCUUAGAUGCAGGGGGGAAAUUUGAAUCAUUUGAAGACUACUUCCUUCAAAGGUAUGGAUUGGAAGUCAAGAACAAGAAUCAGCCUUUAUUAGAAGCAAAACACAUUCCUAAGGAACUUAAUUACUUAAAGAAGAUAACAAAGACAUCAAAAGAGAAGGAAGGGAAAUUGGUGCCAUUUAUACCUGAAUUCUGUGGAUUAUUUCCCCUGAAAGCCUCAUUGUGGUGGCAAAUUAUGUGCAUUCCGUCUAUCUUCCAUCGUCUGAACAGUCUUAAUUUAAUGCAGGAAUUUAUUAAGGAAACAGGCAUUACAUUACCUACUUCAGACCACAAAGUUUUUGACUUCUCCUGGACAAAGACAUUGAUCUAUAAGCUGCUUGGUUCCUCAGAAAACACUGUGCAGAAAUUCUUAAACAGGAAGAAUUAUGACUAUAUUCAACCAUUCCACAUGUUACAUGCAUUCACACUCAAAGAAGCCAGUGAAGACUUUAACUUGGAGAGGCUUGAAAUAUUGGGCGACUCCUUUCUCAAAUUUGCCACAGGAGAAGCUUUGUUUCUGAGAGAGGAGAAUUAUCAUGAAGGAAGGCUUUCUCUGAGCCGAUUUACACCAGGCUUUGGAAUAAAACCAAACUUUGAGAAGAGGUUGAGAAGUCUGGAAGUGCCUCAAGAUCUUUGGCAUCAGAUUCCCAGGACUUUGAAGGAUGAUUUUGACUUAAAGGAGGCAGUCCAUGAUUUGAUGUCAGAUGAUGCAUCCAAGGAUAAUAAAGUAGAGAAUCAGAGCUCGUGCUACAACCCAUGGACAGAGCACGAAGUGUCUGAUAAGAGCAUUGCAGACUGCACUGAAGCCAUAACUGGAGCCUAUCUCCUUGUGUGUGGCGACAAGGCUGCAGCAUCGUUCCUGGACUGGCUAGGAAUCGGGGUCUUCAAGGGCAAGUCAUUGUUAAUGGAACCAAAGAUAGUGAGAACUGCCUGUGUUCGAGAAGAAUGUGCACAAGACAUAGAAAUGUUUUACAGGAGAGCAGUCCUCAAACGAUUGGAGGAAAAGAUUGGCUAUUCUUUUCGUGACAGAAGUUUCAUUGUCCAGGCUGUCACUCAUAGUUCAUACAGGAAUAAUCUGGUGACAGACUGCUAUCAGAGACUCGAAUUCCUUGGAGAUGCUGCCGCUUUACCGACUACUCUCCAGGAAAGCUGUCAGAUUUGAGGUCCUUACUCAAGCUUUGUUUCUUGUUCCUCAGCCAGCAAGGGUUUGAAUUUAUUUCUUAUAAGGGUAUAAAGGUCCCUACAGCCUUGUCUUAUUAUUGCUGGCAGCAGGGGGCAUGAACUCUCUCGACAAGAGUAUUUGGAGAUGCGAGUACCUGUGCAGA